AUGUGCACUAAUUUGAGGCUUUGGCGUGUCAAUAACACAUGGAGGCGAAAACUUUGUUUUAUGGAUGCCUUUUUGGAGACUCGGAGCUGGGAAGACUUGCUGUUUCAGUGGUACCGGAGACCGUUCAGAGUGCAUCCCAAAUUCUCUGUAAUCAAGAACAUGGACCUCUGGGCUUUCCCGAGCAAGGCUCAGAUAGUUGCUACCGUUGAAAAAGAGCAUGAUGUCUGUGAUAAUCAAGGCAAACCAGUGUAUGGCUGGAAGGGUGCCUUCUCAGCAGAGCAACAUACGUUGUCAAAGCUUGCAAUAAAGCUUGAGAAGCAGCCGAACGCUACCGAACAAGAUCAAUAUUUUACAAGCGAUGAACAGACGAAAUUCAUUACCGACAGAACUCAACGAGGUUGCAUUAAGGAAUGUCAAGAAGCAGACCAAAGUGUUCAGAAUGAGCGAAGGCCGAGGAACCCCAGCGCGGUCGACCCUGGCGAAUAUGCGAGGUGCCUUGCGUUCCACAGCGAGGCCGUAGAGCGUCCUGGAGCCGAUAGAGAGUCGCACAGCCCUUGGCACAUUUCUCCUCGGAUUUUCUGUUUCGCCUAUGAUCAUGCCAAUCAAUUCUAUAUCGAUGUACGAAAACAAAGCUGUGGUAAGGUUGCUCCAGAAUCCAAGAAAGUGAGCGACGCGAGAGUCAUGUACUUCACCAAGAAGAGAUUUACGGAGGGGUCGGUAGGGUGCUCUCCACUAUCUGAAGCCAAUGCGAUCGUGUUGGACAUUACCACUGAGGUCGAUAAUGAGUCCCUUCAAGAUGAGACCAACUAA